AAUUAAUUGUAUGUUAAGAAAGUGACAGUAACAAUUUAAUUUAACGAAUAGUAACAAAAUUUUGUUAAACUAUGGCUCAUUUGAAUAUAUUAUCCAAAAUGAUUCCACCAGAAAAGCUUAGCCAAGAAAGAGAAAAGUAUAUAGGUAAUAUUAUAACUCAUAAUCAACAGAAAAUUCUUCCAUAUAUUUAUAGGAUUAGUGCUAAAAUUCUAGAUUGUGUAGAAAUUGAAAAGCUUGAUGUUGAAACAGCAAUUAAUCUUUUGCAGUUAAAUCAUAUUGGAAAUGGUGCAAAACGUUUGGUAGGAUUGGUAAUAUCUAACCAAGACAAAAUAGAAUAUUUGCUAAAUAAAAUGAAAUUUCUUGAGCGUUAUCAAAGCGUAGAUGUACAUUUAAUCAGAAUUUUGAUUGCUGAAAUGAUCUGGGGAAAGCAAAAGAUCAAGAUUGGUUCUAUAGAACCUGCAAUAAUAUUAUAUCACGAAGCAGAUUUAAAAGAAACGUUUUUAGAAGCGGCAAAUAUUUAUAAUAUUAGUAAUGAUAUGUAUUAUUAUCCAAAAUUGCCGGUCUAUGUUCGUAUAAAUACAUUGUCCAUUUCACUUGAAGAUAGCAUUAAGGCUUUUAUCAAAGAAGGCUGGAAUUUACUACCUCGACCUGACACAUACUUGGAUUAUGUGAGAAUUAUAUCAUAUAUAAGGAAAAGUGAUUUUAUUAGAGAUUUUCAUAUAUCAGAGCUUUUAGUAUUUCCUACUGGCACAGUAUUUUAUGAACAUCCUGGUUAUUUGAAAGGAAAAUUUUUACUACAAGACAAAGGUAGUUGUCUUUCAAGUUUUCUGUUAAAUCCAAAACCAGGGUCAGUUGUAUUAGAUAUUUGUGCUGCUCCUGGCAAAACUACCAAUCAUCUUGCCAAUAUAAUCAAUAAUCAAGGAACUAUUUAUGCGAUUGACAGACAUCCUGAUAGGUACAAUCAGCUUUGUGCCUUAAUGAAUUUGACAAAUGUCACGUGUGUGAAGCCAAUAUUUGAUGACUGCACAAAUGUUACAAUUAAUGAUGUAAAUUAUAUUUUAGUUGAUGUUUCUUCGACAUACUCGGGAAUUUUUUUUCGAAGAGAUGAACGUGAUUUAGAUAAUCAACUAGCAUAUUACAAUCAUCUUUCUAGUAAUAUACUUAGACAUGCUCUCCAGAGUUUUCCAAAUGUAAAACGUGUUGUUUUCACUACAUGUUCAAAAUCAGUUACAGAAGGAGAAAAAGUUAUAGCAGAUGCAUUAAAGGAAGUUGGAAAUUCCUAUUCCCUCCUUGAUAUCAAAGAAAUGUUAUGGUGCCAAUGGGUAGCUUCUGGAAUGAAUAAUAAUUACCCAUUUAAAGAUAAAUGCAUUCGUACAAAUCCCGACUUGGAUAAAUGCCUAAGUUAUUUUAUUGCAGUAUUUGAAAGGAAUUUUGAAAAUCUUCCACCGCUAUAUGUGCACAGAAUAAAUGAGUUUAAUGAAAUUAUUUAUGAAAAAGAUAAUUCAGAUGAUGAAAUUACAGAAAUUGAUUUUAUCAAUCAAGAAAAUCAACGUCCAAGUCAACCUGUAGCUGCAUAUCCCCAUCACCAUCAACGUAAUAGAAAUAACUUUGAUGUGUUUAUGUCACAUAGUUUUUGGUUAGAAAAUGAUGUCUUCCCUAUACCACCACCACCUCGACCAUCUUAGCUCGAUAUAUAAUAUUUGAUUUUGAACAAAUACAUUAUGUAUAAUUAUCUACAUUUUUAACCUUUAUUGCGUUUAACUUAUUCGUUAAAAAUUCUGUUUUCCUUAAUCUAAAAUUACAAAUUUUCAUUGUUUUCUUAAAAAUAUUGGUUUCUUGAUUUUUCGUUCCAUGAUUAAUAACCAGAUAUUGCAUGAUGUAGUGUAACAUAGUGUAGAAUUAAACUUUUCAUACUAUUUUUUACUAAUAUGUACAAAAAAUAUAUUGAUAUAAAGUAAAUUUGUUUAAAACCAAAAUAAGACAUCAAUUUGAUCUAGCAUUUUAUUUUAGAUCAAUGUCCUAUUUUGAUAAACUGAUAAAAAUAUAAAUGGUUCAGAAAAAUAUUAUUUGGAAUGAA